AUGGCGAUCAUAUCGUACGCCAUCUACUUAAUCUUCUUGCCGAUUCGAUGGCUGCUCUACCUUGUCAUCGUGAAGGGAUUUCACUACAUCUUUCAGACGCUCGGAUUUACGAUCGGUUUGCUCGGCGGCUUAGUUGCUGGCUACUUCAUUUUCAUUCAUAAACUCCCAACCGCCGUUGAGGAGCCAGAGGUGAAGGAGCUCAUCCCCGAGGGCGCGGCGCUGAAGGAGGAGGAGCUGCAGGAGUACUACUCGUAUCUGCCGCCGUGGGUCAGCAACCCGGACUACGAACGCGUGGACUGGAUGAACAAGCUCGUCGCCGAGAUGUGGCCCUACCUUAACAAGGCCAUCAGCGAGCAGAUCAGGGAGCAGGCGACGCCCAUGCUCAAGGCGCAGCAGCCCGCGUUCAUUGAGACGCUUGGGUUUGAGGAGCUCGACCUGGGGACCAUCCCCCCCGCCAUCCUUGCCAUCAAGUCGUUUGACACCACGGACGACGAGGUCAUUCUGCAGGUAGCGCUGCGCUGGGCGGCCAAUCCCAAUAUCACCGUCGCUGCUUCUGCCAAGGGCUUUACCGGCACCGUGCAGAUCAUCGACCUGCAGGUGGCAGCAGUCACGCGCAUCACACUCAAGCCGCUCGUGCCCAUCUUCCCUUGCUUCUCCACCAUCACCGUCUCCUUCAUGGAUAAGCCACAGGUGGAUUUCGGUCUCAAGGUGCUGGGACUCGACGUCAUGGCCAUUCCCGGCCUCUACACCUACGUGCAGAAGACCAUCGGCAACGUAGCAGCAAGCAUGUACAUGUGGCCCAAGGUGCUGGAGGUCUAUGAUGACCAGCCGCUCGCCCCCAUCGGCUGGCUAGUGAUCACGCACAUCAAAGGCACCAAGCUGCGCAACCUGGGUGGCAUGAUGGCCAAGUCAGACCCCUACGUGCGCUUCUCCAUUGACGGCCGCGCACUGGGGCGCCGUAGCACGUCAGUCAAGAAAGACCAGCUUGACCCCGACUGGGGCAAGGAGGAGCUGCUGGUCAGGGUCGCGGAUCUGCAGAAGCAGAAGCUGCAUGUUGAGGUGUUCGACAAGUCCUUUACAAACAAGCCAGACAAGCUGAUGAGCGUCACACGGGUGGCUCUGGAAGGAAUCAACGAGGGCGCUCCCACCCACUUUGAAUCUCGCCUCGUGGCUCGCUUCGCUGACCUUGAGCCAGGCGCGAUGACAGGCAGCAAGAAGGACCUUGGGUUCCUGGGUUUUGACGUCAAGCUGCGUCCGUUGGCCAAGGGCGAAGCAGAGAUGCCAGACGACGUGGAAAUCGAGGUCUUCCCGUCGUGGCUCAAGGUGGGCGGCGGGCGCCUGCGCAUGAUGCUACGGGAGGGGGAGAACCUCGAGUCCAACAAGCACGCCAACCCCUUCGUGCAGCUUCGCUUCCGUGCGCACGAGUGGACGAGCAAGGUGCACAAGAAGGCGGCGGAGCUGACGUUUGAUGAGGACGACAAGUGGGAGCUGCUGCUGGACGAGCCUCCUGCCAAGGACGUGCUGCACGUGAAGGUCUACAGCAAGAACAUGAGCACCAUUUCUAUCUCCUCCUCCAAGGACCUCAUCGGUCACUGCGACAUCAAUCUCUCAGAUGUGGUGGCCAACGGGCGUAUCAACGACUUCUACCUGCUCACUCUGUGCUGUUCAUUCCUUUCCCACCUCACAUUUCCUUCCCGUUCUCCAUUCCAGGACCUCAUCGGUCACUGCGACAUCAACCUGUCAGACGUGGUAACCAACGGGCGCAUCAACGAGUUCUACCUGCUCUCCGACUCGCCCAAGAACGGGCGCAUCAAGAUUGAGCUGCAGUGGCACGAGCGCACAUCCUUGCUCUCUCACUCUCUUUCUCUCUGGCUGUCCUCCCCCCCUGGCCCACACCCCGUUUUCCUCUCUCACAUUCCUUCCCCUCCACCUCCCAUUUCUCCACAGGACCUCAUCGGUCACUGCGACAUCAACCUGUCAGACGUGGUGACCAACGGGCGCAUCAACGACUUCUACCUGCUCUCUGACUCGCCCAAGAACGGGCGCAUCAAGAUUGAGCUGCAGUGGCACGAGCGCACCGCCGAGUCAACCGUCGUCAAGGAGCCGCCCCCUGCCACCCGCGUGCAGUAA